GACUAAGCAAACCACCACCACUACCACUGCUACUGAUGCACAGCUAAAACAUCCCACCGCCCAAAAAGCACAUACCACCACCACUUUAGCAUCACCAUCCUCCCAUUGUAUGUGUAAUCACGGAUACGGUUCUACACGCAAUUUGUCUUGUUUCAUUGCAUAGCGAGCCCUCGAUCUCUCACCGCCCACGCGCUCGUUAAUCGCGAACGUCUUCGCCCUGCGCCCAUGUGAACUGAACCACCUUGAUCCCGAUCAUGUUGGUACAACCACCGAGUUCACCUCCAGACAUCAUCCUUGACAGGAGCCGAACCCGACAUCGUCACCCCUUAAUGAUACCGACGUUCACCUACGAUUCUCGAUUUCCACGAUAAUACACAUUCAGCGACCCACCCACCAGUCACAUCACCACGUCGGCAUCUACAGCAACGACCACCACAUCCCAAUAUGCCUGGGCUACCUUGUAAGCGCCGCGCCGAAUCGAAAGGCUUCCCAGUCUGACCUAUCCUCCCCAGCAUCCGUCGAUCUCGACGAGUGCAUCUCGCGCUUGUACAACAAGGAGUUGCUAGCCGAGUCUGUCAUCGAAGCAGUCUGCGCCAAGACGAAAGAACUUCUUAUGCGCGAGUCCAACGUCGUCCAUGUUAAAGCGCCCAUCACCGUCGUUGGAGAUAUCCACGGCCAGUUCUUCGACCUAAUCGAGAUUUUCCGCAUCGGCGGCUACUGCCCCGACACAAACUAUUUGUUCCUUGGAGACUACGUCGAUCGUGGCAUGUUCAGUGUCGAAACAAUAUCCCUACUCGUUUGCUUGAAACUACGGUACCCUAAUCGCGUACAUCUUAUUCGAGGAAAUCAUGAGUCGCGUGGUGUGACGCAGUCAUAUGGCUUCUAUACAGAGUGCUCGCGCAAAUAUGGUAAUGCCAAUGUGUGGCACUACUUUACAGACAUGUUCGACUUUUUAACUUUGAGCGUUGUGAUCAACGACCAAAUAUUUUGCGUCCACGGAGGCCUUUCCCCUUCUAUCCAUUCUAUCGACCAGAUCAAAAUUAUAGACCGUUUCCGCGAGAUCCCCCAUGAAGGCCCCAUGGCCGAUCUCGUCUGGUCUGAUCCUGACCCGGAGCGUGACGAAUUCUCCCUUUCACCCCGCGGCGCGGGGUACACUUUUGGAGCACAGGUUGUUAAGAAAUUCCUGGCUGUCAACAACAUGUCGCACAUCCUCCGCGCCCACCAGCUCUGUCAGGAGGGCUUCCAGGUCCUUUACGACGACCGUCUCAGCACUGUCUGGAGUGCGCCCAACUACUGCUACCGUUGUGGAAACAUGGCCAGUGUUCUUGAAGUGAGUGACACGGGUGAGCGUUUCUUCAACGUUUUUGCGGCCGCGCCCGAGAACGAUGUCCACAAGGACCUUCAACCCGGAAACGAAAAGUCUGCCGACGGUAACGCCUUGCCAGACUACUUCUUAUAGACGAAUUUUAUCACGAAUACACACUUACAGUGCCCUGGAGCUUCAAGCUCGGGCUUCACGAUAUCCGCAUCAAUGAUACCAUGUCUUGAAAGCAAGCAUUCACGCAUUGCAACAGACAAUAGACCUGCAUUGCAUAGCAUAGACUUUGAUGUAUAUAGGGAUUUUUAUUCUCCUGCAGUAUUGAAGCUCCAAACCGAGCUCAGUACUGCCUCGUCAGUGACGAGUAGAUGAUACGAAACACAGCAACCACCUUUCUCCGGCCCAAAUGGGGGUUUCCUUUGCGUUAUGUGAGUUUUUUGUGUGAAAAUUCUUCUCCGAUGUUCAGGU